UUUAUCCUUUAUUUGUUGUACUUCCAACGAAUGGUAGCUGCAAUCUUUCUGGUCUCCAACCGAAGGAAAGUGAGUGACAAAAGAAAAAGACAAAAAAAAAAAAAAAUUUCCCCUUUACCAAACAAAAGAACCGUUACAAAAAGCAUAGAAAGUCGGAACUCAGCCACUUUUUUCCCUUGUGGAUCCCCCCUUCAAACUUUGAUCUCCCCCACUGCCUUCUUCAAAACCUCAGAUAAGCUUUUCUUCAAAAUUUCAAAACUCAAAAUCCAACUUUCUCUCCUUCUUUCUCUAUCAGUCUCUCUCAUAAGAGUGUGUUUAUUAAGGCAUUUUGGCUUUAUUGUAAAAGGCUACAAUGUGGGUUUGAUUGCCUUAGAGGUAAAGAUCUUUGGUUAACUGUUGGUGGGUAAUUGGUAGUUUCUCAUUUUAUUGGUUUUUUUAAUUAUUUUCUUUUUUAAAAAUUGAUUUUUUUUUUUUUGGAAUAGGAUCAGCUAGUAACUUUAUUUUUUUUACAGUGAAAAGAUCCCUUUUUUUUUCCUAAUUUGUUGGUGUAAAUUCUAGGCUGUACCAGCUUGUUAAGAGAUACCCAUAUCCAAAAUAUAGUGAAUGAUUGUUUGUUUCUGAUAUUUUGUUUGCUUGUAUUAAAUUUAUAUAAUUGAAGUUUUGUUGCUUGGUGAGGUAGGAAUGGUCUCUUAGCUGAAUAGGACUAGUGUGAUUAUUGAUAAGGAGGGAACUGUUCUGCCUCUUUUGUGUGUGUUUCUCCCUUUUAUCUUUUUUUUUUCUCCAAAACUUUUUGUUGUUGUGUUUUUGAGUUUGGGAAGCAAAGAGAGAGAAGUCCCUAUUUGGUUAUUUUGGAGAUCUGGGACUUGUUUAAUCUGUUAUGCCCAAUGAGGACUUUCUUUCCCUCUGAUUCAUGUAAAGAAUCACAGCUCAAUGCAAUCAAUCCUCAGUCUUGGCUCCAAGUUGAAAGAGGGAAGCUUACCAAAUUCUCUUCUUCCCACACCACCUCUUCAUCCAUAGAAUCAUUUGUCAAGGUUCCUGAGCCACCAAUAUUGCCAUUCUUUAAACCUAUUGAUUAUGUAGAGGUUUUAGCCCAAAUUCAUGAAGAACUAGAGUCAUGUUCUCUGCAAGAGAGGUCGAAUCUUUAUUUAUUACAAUUUCAGAUCUUUAGGGGCCUUGGGGAAACCAAAUUGAUGCGGAGAAGCCUUCGUUCUGCUUGGCAGAAGGCUGGCACUGUCCAUGAGAGGAUUGUAUUUGGGGCAUGGUUAAAGUAUGAGAAGCAAGGGGAAGAACUUAUUGCUGACUUGCUUGCAAAUUGCAAUAAAUGUGCACAAGAGUUUGGGCCAAUAGAUGUUGUUUCUCAGCUUCCAAUUGAGGUGAAUGGCAGUUCCCAGGAGACUUUUAUGAUGAAUGGGGACAAGAGCCUCAAGAACGUGAACUUUAAGAUUGGAGAUGAGAAAAUAGUUUGUGAUAGGCAGAAAAUUGCUUCUCUUUCAGCCCCAUUUCAUGCCAUGCUUAAUGGGUACUUCACUGAAUCACUAUGUGAGGACAUAGAUUUAUCUGAAAAUAAUAUCUCCCCAUUGGGUAUGAGGACAAUCAGUGACUUUAGCAUGACAGGCAGUUUGAGUGAAGUCCCUCCUGAUCUUUUGUUGGAAAUAUUAGUUUUUGCAAACAAGUUUUGUUGUGAAAGACUCAAAGAUGCUUGUGAUAGGAAACUUGCAUCUUUGGUUUGUACCAAAGAUGAUGCUGUGGAGAUCAUCGAAUAUGCCAUUGAUGAGAAUUCCCCUGUUCUUGCUGCAUCAUGCUUGCAGGUUUUUCUACAUGCACUGCCUGAUUGUUUGAAUGAUGAACGGGUGGUGGAAAUAUUUAGCCAUGCCAAUAAGCAACAGAAAUCAGUCAUACUUGGACAGGCCUCAUUUUCACUGUAUUGUUUAUUAAGUGAAGUAGCUAUGAACCUUGAUCCUCGAUCUGAUAAAAAUGUUUGUUUCCUAGAACAAUUAAUUGAAUCUGCUGAAACUGACAGGCAGAGAAUGUUAGCUUUUCAUCAGUUGGGAUGUGUAAGGUUUCUGAGGAAAGAGUAUGAUGAGGCUAAAAGCCUUUUUGAGGCAGCUGUAAGUUUAGGUCAUGUUUACUCUAUUUCAGGUUUGGCUAGACUGGGUUACAUUAAGGGUCAUAAACUUUGGUCUUAUGAGAAGCUCAGCUCUGUCAUCUCGACUGUUAACCCACUGGGAUGGAUGUAUCAGGAAAGGUCAUUGUACUGUGAAGGUGAUAAGAGGUGGGAAGACCUUGAGAAAGCAACUGAACUGGACCCAACUCUUACCUACCCCUACAUGUAUCGGGCUGCUUCCCUAAUGAUGAAACAGAAUGUUCAAGCUGCUCUGGCUGAGAUCAACCGGGUACUUGGGUUUAAACUUGCAUUAGAAUGCUUGGAACUCCGAUUUUGUCUUUAUUUGGCCAUUGAGGAUUACAAAGCAGCAAUUUGUGAUGUUCAGGCAAUUCUAACACUUUCACCUGAUUACAGAAUGUUUGAGGGACGGGUGGCAGCAUCCCUGCUCCGUACACUUGUACGUGAGCAUGUUGACAAUUGGACAACCGCAGAUUGUUGGAUGCAGUUGUAUAAUAGGUGGUCUUCUGUUGACGAUAUUGGAUCUCUCUCUGUAAUCUACCAGAUGCUUGAAUCUGGUGGGCCAAAUGGAGUUUUAUAUUUCAGACAAUCAUUACUUCUCCUCAGGUUGAAUUGUCCUGAUGCGGCCAUGCGAAGUUUAGAAUUAGCUUGUCAACAUGCAUCCAGUGAACAUGAGCGCCUGGUUUAUGAGGGAUGGAUCUUAUAUGAUACUGGUCACUGUGAAGAAGGGCUUCAAAAAGCAGAAGAGUCUAUUAAAAUUAAAAGAUCCUUCGAGGCCUUCUUCCUUAAAGCUUAUGCAUUGGCUGACUCUAGUCUCGAUCUAUCAUGUUCUUCAACAGUUAUUUCACUGCUUGAAAAUGCCUUGAAAUGCCCUUCAGAUAAUCUGCGAAAAGGUCAGGCUCUUAACAAUCUUGGAAGUGUGUUUGUUGAUUGCGGGGAAUUGGACUCAGCAGCUGAUUGCUACAUUAAUGCCCUUAAAAUCCAACACACGAGAGCCCAUCAAGGCCUUGCGCGUGUCCAUUUUCUCAGAAACGAUAAGGCUGCAGCUUAUGAGGAAAUGACUAAACUGAUUGAAAAGGCAAAAAAUAAUGCAUCUGCUUACGAGAAGAGGUCUGAGUACUGUGACCGUGAUCUCAUAAAGGCUGAUCUGGAUAUGGUCACUCGAUUGGAUCCACUCCGGGUCUAUCCUUACCGAUAUCGAGCUGCAGUGUUAAUGGAUAGCUACAAGGAGAAGGAAGCCAUUGACGAACUAUCUAGGGCUAUUGCAUUUAAACCAGAUCUUCACCUUCUACACCUACGGGCUGCCUUCCAUGAGCAUGUUGGUGAUGUGUUGGGUGCCCUUCGAGAUUGUCGAGCUGCUCUCUCUGUAGACCCAAACCAUCAAGAAAUGUUGGAACUACACAGCCGUGUAAACUGCCAUGAGCCAUAAAUCUAUUUUUUGUAGCUUUUUCCUUGGCUAAAAAUUAAAAAAAAAAACGAAAUCACAACUUAUAAAAAAAAAAAAAAAAAAGAGAAGGGUGGGGGAGAAAUUUUGAAUUGCGUUAUUACCAUGUAUACUAGCAAAUGUGUGCAACGUAGAACCCAUGUUCUAAUAUAUCCUGUAAGAAUUUUGAUAAUGAAAAAUUUUCAAUGCCUACUU